UUUCUCUCUCGUUUAACCAAAAAAAAAAAAAAAAAAAAAACCCAAAAAAGGGAAAAAAAAAAUACGAAGAAGAAAAAAAAAGAAUAAAAAGAAGCAAAAAAACAUUUGAGAGUCUCCGGACAUUAGAACCAAAUUAGGGCAUAACCCUUAUCGAUCGGAGAGAGAAGCCAUGGGAAGAAGAAAGGUUGAGAUCAAGCGAAUCGAGAAGAAAAGCAGUCGACAAGUCACUUUCUCCAAACGACGCAAUGGUCUCAUCGAGAAAGCUCGACAACUCUCAAUUCUCUGUGAAUCCUCCAUCGCUGUCCUCGUCGUCUCCGGCUCCGGAAAACUUUACAACUCUUCCUCCGGCGACAACAUGUCCAAGAUCAUCGAUCGUUAUGAGAUACAACAUGCCGAUGAACAAAAAGUCCUAGAUCUUGAGGAAAAAACUCGGAAUUAUCUUCCACACAAGGAGUUACUGGAUAUAGUGCAAAGAAAGCUUGAAGAACCAGUCGAUAAUCUAAGUGUAGAUUCCUUAAUGUCUAUGGAGGAACAGCUCGAGACUGCUCUGUCCGUAACUAGAGCUAAGAAGACAGAACUGAUGAUGGACGAUCUGAAGUCCCUUCAAGAAACGAUUCUAAUGACCUUUAUGAUCUUUUCCAAACGGGAGAAGUUGCUGAGAGAAGAGAAUCAGUUUCUGGCUAGCCAGAUGGGUAUGAAGACGAUUCUGGGAACCGAAGGUGAGAGAGGAAUGUCAUCCGAAAAUUGCUCCGGUAACAAAUUACUGGAAACUCUCUCGCUGUUGAAGUAAUCAUCAUCAUCAACGGCUGAGUUUUCACCUGAAACUCAUAACCUGAUUCAGAAUAUAAAAGAAAGAAAGAAAGAAAGAAAAAAAAAACAGUUUCUAAAAUAGAAAAAAGCUGUAUAAUCUCAAACCCUUUUUAUCUUCCCUCUAUGUGUGGAAAUUAAAGGUAAGAAAGAAAAAAGGAAAACGAAGCUUUUUUUUUAUUAUUAUGAAAAAAGUAUUGUAUAAACUAAGAUAAAGUUUUCGACCUUUUGUUGUAUUGUACCUUCGUAGACAAGAUCAGACAGAAUUCGUGUGUUUUGUAUACUUGUUUGAAAGUACGGAUUUGAUAUAAAUGUUUUUAUCUUUCUUCA